CAUGGCUCAAAAUCCAAUUUUAAAUCAUUAAAUAAAAAGUACAGAUCAUUCAUUUGACAGUUAAAGUGAAGGAGAAUAAGAAGAUUCUUUUGAAUUAGUUGAAAAAAAAAUUAAGAACAAAAAAUCAUUUUUAUAAGAAGAACCAAAGAAAAAAAAGAAGGAGAUAUGUCGAAAUUAUUAAAUAAUGGGUAUUUGUAAAUAUAGAGAAUAAGUAAUUUUGUUUAAAUAUCAUUUAGUGUUUUUAUGCUCACUCUCCUUCCUAUUCUUAAAUUACAGCUUAACCUAAAGUUCUUACUAAGAUAAAACCUUGUAAAAGAUAUUUUAAUGGUAUUUGUUACUUUGGACAAAAAUGUCAAUUUUUACACUAUGAAUGUAUAGAUGUAAUAGAACUAAGAGAAUUUGUAGAGAAACAAUAUAAAGAAUAAAAAUUGAUAGUUCCUUUAAAUCCAAGUUUUAAUUUAUUCAAUUAAAUAGCUAAAUUAGAUCAAAAUAUAAGAUUUGAUUUACAAAGAUUUCACCAUCUUUAUAAAAUUUUUGGAAGAAAAUUAAACUUCAAAAGAGAUGAUUUAAUAAUUAAUAGUAGUAGUAGGUAAGAAACAUAUAUAUAUUUAGUCGUUUAAAUAUAUUCAUAUCAAUUUGUAAAUAAUAAGACAGAUUCGAAUAAUUAUUAAUGUCAAAUAAUACAAGCAGAAAAGAAAGUGAAUAGAGCUGA